AUGGAAAAUAAAUUAAUUCGAUUAUUACCAAAAGAACCAACAGGGUGUUUAAUAAAAAUAAAAAAUAUCUCAUAUUUUGAAAAGGAAAUUCAAAUAAAGCAUUUUCUCGAGCAUUUAGUAGAGGUGUGCCUCAUACAAACCAACUACGAAGAGAAUGAAGGAUAUGCUUUAUUGCAUUCUAAGGAAGAAGCUUUACAUUUUAUGAAAUUAUACAAAACCAUUUUAAAAAAUAUGAUAUUUUCAUAUUCUAACGAAAAUAAUAUAGAAAUCGAAAUUUUAAAUAAUGAAGAAGAAAUGAGAUUCUGGAAUUAUGCCCGAAAAAACAAAAUAAAGUUUUAUGUUUGUUGUAAUUCUUUAAAAUAG